AAAUUGUUUUGUUUUAACAAGCAUAUAGGUACUAAGGCUUUGAUCUUCACUAGUUAAAACUCCCUGACAGUCACAUUCGUCUAUAUAUCAAAUUAUUCUACCGGACUAUAACAGUCACUUCUGGAAAUUGGAAUAAUUUUACAAAAGAAGGUUUGGAGCGGUGUAAAAGAUGCUGAGAAGAGGAGACUCUUCUGCAAGUGAUUCUUCCUCCAGAGGAAGAUCACCUCGUCCGGUUUCGUUCCCAAACGCCCAACAGCACCCAGGGUGGAAAAAUUAUGAUCUGAUAAAAAAGUUCAAAGAUGUUUCGCUUACCAAGGAUAAAAGACCAAAACGUCAUAGUCUCACAGAUUCUGAAACAUCGGAUGUUGCUAUAGCAGUCGGAAGUACAAGGCAGCCAGCUGUCCCAUUAUUGGUGAAACGGCAGUUAACAAAAGGUCAAAAUGAGCAAAAAAUGCGGCAAAUUCGAAAUGAUCUCAACAACCUUGUGUCUAAAGACAUGAAUCCGGUUCAACAGCAAUACGUGAUUGAUUUGAUGACGGAAAUGAAUGUGGAUCAGGGCACAGCUGAACAAGCGGUCCGUGACACACAUGGCCGGAGCAUUGAAGCUGCCAGAGAAACAAUAUCCAGGUUACUGUCCAAGAAAAUACAACAGGAACACAUGCUUCGCGUCCAAGCUGCUGCAGCACAGCGUGCACAGAAUGCUUAUCUGCCCGUUAUACCACAAGACAUGAGGCCUCGUGGUCAUUAUGGGUCCAUAGAAUCAGUCAACAGUUUGCCGCAGCGUGGUAGCCCUGAUGGUGCAAGCAGCAGAGCGGACAGUCCACCACUAUCAGGCCCCAACUCUGUGAGACUUCUCUCUGGCAUACCACCAUACGAGAGCACAAAAAGCAACCAGAAACAAGCAAUUUACAUAGACCAAAACUACAACCAAUUCGCACGACAGUUUCAAGUCGAAAACCCAGGUUAUGAGCAACGAAAAUUACCCACAACUUCCCCACCUCUAUACCCAAGCUGUAUCACUACUUCAAACAGAAACAGCGGUUCGUUCUCUCCACAGAGCUCUGAUGCAGGUUUGCAAGGUCAAUCACCAAGUUACCAAGCGGCCUCCAGGGAGGCUGUACUAAGAGAGCAAUUACUUGCCGGUAAUUACCAAACUGCUCACGACAGGCCAUGUUUAGUCCCGGACGAAUCAUCCGGUGACACUGGGGUCAAACAGGGUCAUGUACAACACAUGAUACAACUUAUGUCACCGGGAACUUCACCUGGCUCUAUACUGACUACUAGUGGUGGGAAGGAUAUGAUGUCUAUGCCCAACACAAACCCGCACCAACCAAUCAUAAAAAGUUCUUGUACAAGUAGUCCUUUCUACCCAAGUCAAAACACAAGACCCCCACCCAGCUAUACAGUUGCACAACAAUAUAAGAAAAUACAAAACAGUCAACCUUGCACAGCAAACAGCCCAAGUUACACGAGUACCGAGCCAAUAUAUUCAGACACCACUUCCUAUACAACACAACAAAGGUGUACCAAUUCACCAAACUCAGCAAUCAACAGCGCUCUUAUGGGUAACAUUCAGCCCCAUACUUACGAGUACCCUUCUAACCCCAUGUAUAUAUGCCCUGGGGGUUACCCACGUACCCACCAUGACGAAGCCCCCGCUAUCCAGCGAACCCAGUAUUUACCCCCACCCUCGGACUCGGGAAGCCCCGGGAGUUCUGUUGUUUCAUCUUCUGAUAAAUCAGAUUACAUGGCUCACCAGCAUUAUGCGCAGACUAAUAAAUCCCGUCAAAUACUGCAUUCACCACAAAAUGUGAAUCCAAAUGCAAAACAGAAACAUCAGCAGCAUAUAACUGGACAGGAACAGAACAUUGAUGCAUAUGGUCAAAUACAUGGCCAUGCAAGCCCUCCUUAUUCCAUGCAAAGUAAAAGCAAUUACAAACAACAAACCCCAUCACCUGCCUACUCUAAUAAAAGGGACCCACCAGCUUACACUGCCCAAACCCCCACCCCAUCCAACCCACAACACAACCCCAGACAGAUGAAAGUGGACAUAACAGCCGCACGUAAAUCGAACACUGGUCCUCGGGGCGGAAAACCCAGUCCCACGCCCACGGUGGCAAACAAUUACCUUAACGCGGUCGAAAACGGUUCCGAAAAUCGCAGCGUCGCAGUUUUACGUCACCCGAAAGAACGAGUUGAGUCAGCGGUUCGUGCCGCACGCGUGACAGGCAACAGCAAUAAAAGACAUUCAGGAUCGUAUUCUGCAGCUCCGUGUCCGAAACAAAUGACAAUAGCUGGUUGUAAAGGGACGCCUGAUACUUCUGAGCCACCCCCGCUAUAUAAGGACGAUACUACGGAAGAAAAAUCGAUUAGAAUGUCGCCUGUACCUGUAAGGAGAAGUUUUAAAAGGUCUUCGGAAAAACAUAAGACAAACAAUAAAACUGCAUCCGAUUCGAAUUCCUCCCUUGACGAAGAAGACAACAUGGAAGAGCCAGAGCAAGAAUGGGAGACGACGAAUCCGGAGGACACUGGGAUGCAGGUGAUGAGCACAAGGACGAGGAGAAUGAAGAAAUAUUCCCCAGAAGCAUUCAAGUUUUACAUGGAACAACAUGUAGAGAAUGUGAUUAAAGGAUACAAAGCAAGGACCAGCAGAAGGUGGCAGCUUGAAAAGGAAAUGAACAAUUUUAAUCUUCCCGAAGAAACGAAGACAGGCAUGCGACAAAUGUUGUUUAAAAAAGAAUCGAAUUACAUCCGAUUGAAGCGGGCCAAGAUGGAUUUAUCAAUGUAUGAUAUGAUUAAAAGUAUUGGAGUGGGAGCUUUCGGAAAGGUCAUGCUGGCAAGAAAUAAAACAAGUGAUAAAUUGAAUGCUAUUAAGUUUCUCAAAAAGAAAGAUGUUUUAAGAAGAAAUCAGGUUGCUCAUGUAAAAGCUGAAAGAGAUAUUCUAUCUGAAGCUGACAAUGAUUGGGUAGUGAAGUUGUAUUACACUUUCCAGGACAAGGAAAAUUUAUAUUUUGUAAUGGAUUACAUACCUGGUGGUGACCUCAUGAGUCUGCUCAUUAAAAAGGAGAUUUUUGACCAAACCCUUGCAAGAUUUUACACAGCAGAGCUUACGCUUGCAUUGGAAAGCGUGCAUAAGAUGGGAUUUAUACACAGAGACAUUAAGCCAGACAACAUACUGAUAGACAGAGAUGGUCAUAUAAAGUUAACUGACUUUGGUCUUUGCACUGGUUUUCGAUGGACCCAUGAUUCCAAGUAUUAUACAAAAGACGGCCACUCCCGACAGGACAGUAUGGAUUUCAGCCACGAAUGGUCGAACGUUCCGUUAAAACCACUUGAUCUGCGGCGUUGGCGUGACGCCAAUCGUCAUGUGGCUCGCUCUCUUGUUGGCACUCCUAACUAUAUAGCUCCGGAAGUUUUGUUAAGAGAAGGUUACACCCAAAUGUGUGACUGGUGGAGCGUAGGGGUCAUUCUGUAUGAGAUGGUGGUCGGCAGCCCCCCGUUUCACUCCGAUACUCCUUCAGAAACGCAACUCAAGGUGAUCAAUUACAAAAAGAGCCUCCGCAUCCCCCAUCAUGCACAACUUGCUCCACAAACGGAGGAUAUCAUCCGGAGGUUCUGUUGCGAUCAGGGUGCGAGGAUCGGGUGCAAGGGAGGUGCGGAAGAAGUGAAGAAACACGAGUUCUUCGCAGGGAUUACUUGGGAGAAAUUGAGGCAAAUGAAAGCACCCUAUAUUCCAGAGAUCAAGUUUUCAGAAGACACAUCCAACUUUGACCUACCCCCUGGAGGAGACAGUUUUUUCAAUGUUGGCAAAGAAGCCACUUUAAACAAUGGGACUCUGAAACUUGGGCCAGGAGAGCACGCCUUUUUUGAGUUUACAUUUCGCCGCUUUUUCGAUGAAGACGGACACGCACAAGCCAGUGUACCAAGGGGUUGUUACGAAGAUCCCACUUUUGUGUAAUGCUUCAUUUUUUUGAGCAUUAUUUUAUUGGUUGAAUCUAUUUUUUUGUAAUGGUCAAAUUUUAACUAAAUGAUUGUAAAACAAAAAUUCAUUUAAAGAUUAUCAAGAUUUACUGAGGUUAUUUUAUUCAUCUCAAAAUAUUUUUCAGUAAAUAUUUUAUUGUACCAUCACAAAAAUCAUUUCAUUUUUAAUAUGUACAAAGUUUUUUGAAUUUUCUUCUGAAAUUUUGAACAUUUUAAUGAAUAUAUAAAAUAUGCUUUGUUGUUCAAUUUAAGAUAGAUGGCUUGAAACAUUUUUUAAUUAAAUGGUCGAUUUUUUGUACCCUUUUCGCACACGUAUACAUUUACCUAUCUUUCAAAAAGGCAGGCCCUUUUUUAUUCACAUUAUUUAAAUUGUGUUUUUCCCACAACCGUAAAAUCGUGUCUUAAUUCUGCACAGUAAAAUUAAAACUUUUCAGUGAUUUUUUCCACUUCUGUCAUUUUUGGUUCUGUCUUAAUUCUGGUACUCUUUAAUUCUUUACCUUUCUGAUGUGCUUUUAUUAUUUUCUACAAAUCAUAUACAAACAUAAUGUUCUGUAGUAUUUUCGUUACCUUUUUAAAUUCUUAAUGAUAAUAGUUGCAAUUUUCUGUGCGUUUACCCAUUUUUGUUAAAAAUCGCGCACUCAUUUAGUUUUUUUUCAGAUCGCAAUUUUCUGUGCUUUAACCAUUUUUUUUCGGAAAAUCGCACACUAGUUUAGUUUUUUCUUGAUCGCUUUUUUCCUGCAGAGUUGCAGGUGUGAUUGUAUUUACUUGUUUUUGGUACUUGGUUUGCUUUUAGUCAUUGGUGCACCCCAUUCGUACUACCAUUGGUUUGUUUCUUAUUUUUGCGUCGUAAAAAAAACAAAUUUAAAAACUA